AUGACUGACGCCGGGUUUUUAAAGGGACAGUCUGACAAUUUACCUUUAGUGGAUAUGUUUAUGGUGGCGACUUACAUCAAAAACAGCGAAAGUUUUUCUCUUGCUGAAGUUCGAGGUGUUAAAACUAACAGAUCCGCUAGGCCUUCUUAUGGUGACUCUGCUGUUGGAUGGGUGCAAGUUCGAAGGGAUAAAAAUGUGUGCACAGUUAAAGCUAAAAUGACACCUGAACACAAUGUGAGGAAAACACAAUAUGCUGUAACUUGCAAUAUUGAUGAGGAAUGUGAAAAGGUGUUAAAUAUUCAGUGCCAUGACUGUGCUGCCUCUUCAGGUGGGUGUAAGCAUUCCAUAGCACUCUUGAUGUGGCUUCACAGAAGGAGUGAAGAACCUUCUCCAACUGAAGUUGGUUGUUACUGGGCAAAGAGUAAACUUUCCAAAGUUGGAACUUCGGUUAAAUACCUAACUUUGAAGGAUUUUGGAGCACAAGAAGAACUGAGCUCAGAUGAAGAAAGCUCACUCUUUUUACAGGAAGUUGUGAACCAAGGACUAGAACAUAAUGUUGAGAGUCAGCUAUUGAAACACUUCAAGCCUAACAGAAUUUUGCAACAUCUUGGACUACAUCAAUUGAUGUUAAAUUUUGUUAGCAGAAAUGAUUUUUCGGAAAUGGCACUGCAUUUUUCAGAAUUUCUAGAACUUUGUUAUCAGGAAAUGGAUCCCCAACUAUGUUCUGAAGCUGCAGCAAUAACGAUUGAACAGUCUAAUUCCGGUUUAUGGUUUGAUCUGCGAUAUGCAAGAAUAACUGCAUCAAAGAUUUAUGAUGCAGCACACUGCAAAAAAUCAGAUGGUUCCCUGGUUAACCAAAUACUUGGUGUAACCAAACUUCUUGCUACAGAAGCCAUGUCUCGAGGAAAAAGGCUUGAGGAUGCUGUAAUUAAAGCUAUAGAAAAAAAAUUAAAGAUGAAACUCAGUCAUAUUGGGUUACAAUUAAAUCACAGGCAUCCAAUAUUUGGGGCUUCUCCAGAUGCUAUAUCUGAAGAAUUUGUAGUUGAAAUAAAAUGUCCUCAAUCUGAGAAAACUAUUUGUAACUAUUUAACAAAAAAUAUGGAAAUUACAGCAAAAUACAAAGCUCAAGUGCAGCUACAGAUGUUUCUAUGUAAGAAACAAAAAGCAUUAUUUUGUGUUGCAGAUCCUAAUUUUGAGGAAAAUUUAAAAUUUUUUGAUAUAUGGGUACAAUAUGAUGAAGAAUACAUAAAGAUGUUAAUGGAUGCUGCAGAAAACUUCUGGCAACAUAAUAUAUUUACACAUUUAUGUAACUCAUUCAAAAAAUGA